AACAAGUGCAUUGGUAUCACACCAUCUGGGAAACUUAGAUGAAGAAAUUGUUCUUGAACAACGCGUAAAAAAUAAAAUUCAUCAAAAACACAUCUUUUAUCCAAAUAAAACAUUAGGAGAUCUUAACAUCUAACUUAUAAAACCGUUGAGGUGUCUGCAAGUUGUCCCAGAAACCAUCGAACACACAUUAAAUAACCAGAUACUACAUGCUUGUUUCACAAAUUAAAUAGACAUGCAUAUCCUACGUGACAUAAUAGAUGUAGACCGCAAUUUGUCAUAUAGGAUACCAUGUAGGAAUGUGUGUCUACUUAUUCAAUUAUAUACAAGUUCAACAACCUACUCAAACACACCUAAGAUUAAUGUGAAGUUGGCAUUAGUGUAUCUACUCAAACACACCUAAGAUUAAUGUGAAGUUGACAUUAGUUGGGUUGUGUAUCACAAAUGGACUAAAAGUCAGAUAUUAAUUUUCUUUAUAUUGUUAAGGGCUAAGUUAUUUCAAGCUUAUAAUGCUAUGUUGCACACACCAAAUGUUCAGCCCUAGGUGUGAGAUGGAAUCCCCGCAACAUACCAGACGUUCAGCCCUGGGCGUGAGAUGGAAUUCCCGAGGUGAGGUAGGCUAUUGAAGAAUGAAUAAAGGUUCAUAUUGAUGAUUACUGCGACAAGUGGUUUCUUUAUAAGAGUUGAAUGAAUAGUUUCCUUUAUGAGCCAACUUUAUAGCAUAAAUUAGAUUAAAGACCAAAUAUCACUCAAACAGAAUUAUUACGUGGAGAUUACAAACUAAAAGAUAAACUAAAAUGAGUAUCAUUUUUAUCGGAUGUCCUAUAAAACGGAUAAGAAAAUCAUAAUCCAUAAAUUAAAGGAGAGAAGCUUCUAGAGAGAAAAAAGUGUGACACAAAUUAAAUCUUAAUUCUUUUCCAUCCUACGCAACUCAAGGUACAAAAACAUAAUUUUUGUGCCAUUGACUCAUAAACGAAAAUUCUUUUCCCAUUACCAAAGCAUUUUUUUCACCUUUUUAUAACACCAUUUUUUCUUAUAUUAUAAAAACUCUAUCUAUCUAUAUAUAUAACUUCUUCAUUGAAAGCUACCCCCGCCACCCUUCAUCUUCUUAAACAUUUUUAUCAAAAUUUAUAUCUUUAUCCUCUCAUCAUUCAUAUCUGAUUUUGAUCUUCAGAAAAUUAAAUUUAUCUCUCAACAAUUUCUAUCGUAUAUCAUAUUUUUAUUUUAUUCUCAGAAUUGGUUGUUUUUUAUCACUCACCUUCGUAUUAUUCUCCUUAACAUUGUAUCUUUUGGUUUUGUAGGCCACUUACAAUCUUUUUUUCUUUUUAGUUUUAUGCUCGUUUUUUACGAGAGAUUUUCAUUUCUACACAUACGAGAUUUGAAAAGACCAGGUGGUCAAAAAAUCUUCAUUUCUACGCAUACAAAAGAUCUGAAAAGACCAUAUGGUCAAAAUAUCAUAAUUUCAACCUAUACGAGAUUUGAAUAUACCAAGUGGUCAAGAGAUGUUCAUUUCUACCUAUACGAGAUCGGCGGUCAAGAUAUCUUAAUUCCCUAUUGGAUCAUUGGUAUAAUAUUGUUAAUAGUAAAGAGAGAAUAUUUAUUUUAUGAUGGAUCAUCAUCGUCAUCACAGGGACAAUGAAUUUGAAUAUCAAGAAAUCCAGAAAACAAAGACAUCAUCAAAAUUCAAUAGAUCAAGGACUAUACACAGCCCGAGAAACUCGAUUGAAUUCCCCGAAAAGCCCUUGUAUCUCUAUCCUUCUCCUCAUUCCAUCGAACGUAAUGGCUCCAUUAAAAAGCUUCAUUGCUCACCUUUAGGAUCCAUGGUUGGAAAUUCAUUCAAAGGAAAAGUGAAAAAGCUGUAUUCAAUUUUCGACUCUCGUAAAGAAAAUCCUCGAUCCUCGAUUCCAAAACCUCAAAGCAAGCAUUCAAAGCCAUUGAGUUCGAACCCUCUGUUAUUGCCGGAUCGUGUGGUAAUUUACUUCACGAGUAUCCGUGGAAUUCGAAGGACCUUCGAGGAUUGUUACACAGUGAAGAUGAUAUUAGGAAGCUAUCGUGUUAAAGUCGAUGAAAGAGACGUGUCAAUGCACAUCGCGUAUAGGAAGGAAUUGCAAAAUGUUGUAGGUGAGAAGAACAACCAUAGUAUUGUGACAUUGCCACAGGUUUUUAUUAAAGGGAAAUACAUUGGAGGUGCUGAAUUGAUCAAGCAAUUGAACGAAAUCGGCGAAUUGCCAAAGUUGUUAAGAGGGAUUCCUUUAAGGCCAAUUGGUUAUAUCUGUGAAGGUUGUGGGGAUGUACGGUUCGUGCCUUGCUCGAAUUGCGAUGGCAGCAGGAAAUUUUUCGAUGAAGAUGAAGGACAAGUUAGGAGGUGUCUUAUUUGUAAUGAGAAUGGAUUGAUUCGAUGCACACUUUGUUGUUCUUGAUCUACAUGAUGUAUUUAUAACAUGUUCGUUGUGGCCUUAUAGUUUUUUAGUCGGUGAGGCAAAGACGAAUGCAGAAUUUUAAAUGAGCGAGGUAAAUGUAACACUUUUGUAUCAACAGGUGGCGUUUAAUCUAAUAUAAAGUACCAUCUAUUACUAUGUA